CUCUCUCUCUCUCUCUCUCUCUCUCUCUGAGUCUUCUUCUUCCAUUUGAUCAUGGCCACCAUCUUUGGAUCUACAUCGUUCAUCUGUCACCCACUUACAAAGCUUCAAUUGUCAUCUUCACAGCAAUCACCACAACAGCAACCAUCACAAGUACCUCAGUCUCCAACACAAGAGACCAGCUCCAUCAAAUCAGAACCAUUAAAGCCCACCAAGCUCAUCACCACACCUGAGUCGACGGACUGGAUCGCUUCCUCCUUAACCAGGCGGUUCGGCCUCGGUGCGGGCCUUGCAUGGGCCGGUUUUCUCGCCGUUGGUGUCCUCUCCGAACAGAUCAAGACCCGUCUUGAAGUGUCCCAACAAGAAGCAAACACCAAGGACGUGAAGGAAGAAGAGGUGGUGCUUCCUAAUGGCAUCAGGUACUACGAGAUGCGGAUUGGCGGUGGGGCAUCUCCGAGGCCAGGUGAUCUUGUCGUGAUCGAUCUGAACGGUAGAUUGCAAGGUAAUGGGCAAGUGUUUGUGGACACAUUUGGUGGGGACAAGAAGCCACUGGCCCUUGUGAUGGGAUCAAGGCCAUACACAAAAGGAAUGUGUGAAGGGAUAGAGUAUGUAUUGAGAUCAAUGAAAUCAGGGGGGAAAAGGAGAGUUGUAAUUCCUCCAACACUUGGGUUUGGAGAGAAGGGUGCUGAUUUAGGGUCAGGUGUCCAAAUACCACCAAAUGCAACCCUUGAAUUUGUAGUACAGGUUGAUAAGGUUUCAAUUGCACCUGCUUAAAACCCUACAUCAUAUGGAUUUCCUUCCUUUUCUAUCAUUCAUGAUUUUUGGGCUCUUUAAUUGAAGAGAAUAAUGUAAUAGAUGCUUUGAUUGAUUCGAGAAUGCUUCAUGCAAAUGAUAUUUACAUACCACGUCUUUUU